AUGCGGAAUUAAUAAACUAUUUGAAUUAUUUUUAUAGUGCUUUAUACGUUUAAAAAUGCUCUGUCACUGUUAGAAUCAAGUUAGUUCGCUGGCACGCCAUUGUUUGGAUGGCGAUAGCUGAACUACCUCAAGUCACUGUUGUAACGGUAGUUUUCGCUUAAAUACCAUCAAUACAGUUAUUGUUAUUAGAGUAAAAAGGCGGCCACUCCGUGUUCAGUCAUUACAUUACCCCUCUGAUGCAUCUUUAAAUCAUUAGGGUUUGCUGUUACACCCGUUCUCAUAACUCUGUAUGACUGUCAUCUUUAUAUUUGUGGCAGCGUUUCUGGAAAGGACUGACCCUUCCUUCCUGAAAUCAUGCAACACCACCGAACUGCAGGAAACAGGAGAGGGAGAAAUUAUGGCUCCUUAUCUGAUGGACUGCAGGCGAAAACAGAAGCAUAUAUUCAGGCAGCUGUGUGUGGUGGUUGACAUGAUCCAGCUGCUGGCAGGUCUAGAGUCAGUGGAUCAGCUGCUGAAUGAGCCAUGUCCCCAAAACCCAGGUAAUGAAGCUCGUUCUGCAUGGAAGGCUUUAAAAGCUGAAUAUCAGGAGAGAGUUCAGGAGGUGGAGGGGAUGAUCAGCACUCUCCAGGAUCGCAUGGAGGAGCUUCAGGGGAAACGGAAAACGCUGGAGACUCUACUGUCUGCUCUGCAGAUAAAAAAAGAGGAGUGCAAAGAGAAGGAGAGAAUCACAGCUAAACUAAAUCAGAGAGCUGAGAAACAAAUCAGCUUUCAGUUGGAAGACUCCAUCCAGGCAGCCCAAAACUCGAUGAAUGCGUGUGAUUUGCGGUUUUCUAAGCUCAAGGAUGAGGUUGAAAAGCAGCAGGCUCGAAUUAGUGACUGGACAAUAUUAAGAGAUGGGCUGCAGACCUUGGUCAACGUGACUCACAGAAACAUGGCGUACAGGCUGCUGUCAGUCAGUUCAUCUGAGCUGUGCCUUGAGCUCUUGCCUCGUGCUGCCGAAAAAUCACUUGAACCCCUGCGUGUCUCCGUCACCAUGACAACCAACGAUGAAUUUCAUCUUCAGGUGUUUCAGGGAACUGCUGGCCUUGUAGAGGAGGCAGUGAAUGGGCGUCUUAGGCAAGUGAGCGCCGCCCUUGUGGAGGUGCUGGAGCGGUACAUAAGUCAAGGAGAGAUGCUGUCUGAGAUUCAGGCUCUGCACUACAGGUUUGCGAUUGAUUGGUGUCCUGCUGAAAAGCUUCUGAUCUUUCUCAAGACUGCGACCACCGUAUGUCACCUGAGGGUUGAGGAGGGAUAUCCAUCACACGGCCGAGCUACUGUCCUGUCUGUGAGGAAAGACGGCAAUCUGCUUGAUAUCACUGAUCUAAAGCCCCCAGUGCAACAUCCUGUUCUGACAGAAUGGCUUGAGUUUCUCUCCUCCAAUCCGAACAUCUGACAUCACAAAAUUUACCCCAGGCCAGAUCCUCCGGUUAGACUUCAUCAUGUGUGUCAUGUCCUGAGCCGGAGUCUAUUAUAUGAGACACUAUCCAUUUGCAUUGUACAGUUCUAGUUGUAUUGUUGAUGCAUACAAAUUAAUGUUUGUGUUGUGUCUGCAUUGUGAGUCAAAAAGUACUUUCAGACUUUAUCUAACCAACCCAAACUGUCAUUAUUAUUAUAAUUGUCAUUAUUAUUUGCAUAAUUCAUUGCUUCAUUCCUGUCAACAGAUUGGGAGAGCCAGCAAUUCAGUUUGAGACUCGUGUUCAAGAGCAUUGUUCACUCAGUAAAUGCAGGUCACGUGACAGCUCUCAGCAGUAUAGUUUAAAUGUUAUGUCUGUGUCUAUUAUAUAACAAAAAGAUAAAUAAAAUGGAUCUAAACUGUAUAAAAUGGCAUGCAGUUUUCACUUCCCUCUUUUACAGUUACAGUCAGCUCUUGUUUUUCCACACUAGAGGGCAGCACUUCCUGUGAAGAGCACCACAUGCAUAUUGUUCCAUCCUCUGUGGUCUGACAUAACAGGUUAGGUAACGAUUUAGACUGUAUCUGGAGACUCAAGCUUGUUCUGCUGCUGCCUGUAUAUUUAAUCCCCUUUUUACUACACAACAGUUGUGUAGAAUCACUUUUCAUUUUUGAAGGGUCGUAUAUAUUUCCUUGUCAGACACGAAAAGCUCCUAUCACGUUGGCUUCUGGCCACCCCCGACUCCGAGCUUGUUAUGAAACAAGAGAUCAACUUCACAGUCAUUUAGUCUUUUCUUUCCAUGGUUGUUCUGACAUACUCCACUUGGCACUUAGAGCAUGACUUCACUUUCUGUACCAGUUAUCCGCCCUCGAGCGCUGCACAACAGGAGCUGCUCUCAUUGGCCACAUAAGUUGUGAGGUUUGCUCUGGAUUUGGCCAAUAGGGAGCUGUGAAACUGAUUACGAGGGCACAAUGACCCAGUUCUGGGUCCAUGUGUGUGGAGAACACUCCACAUAUUCUCUGUUUGUUCUGGUGUCUGUAAUGAGAAAGGGCCUGGACUACAUGAUGUGCUUUGACAACAGUUUUUGUAGAUCAGAUUCCACAUCCGUUGGGGAAAAUUAAGACAGAGCUUGACAUAUAAUGACUUAUGACCUUUUGAGUAAUCACUUCAGUAAACUAUUGAUUCUGUUCCUCUGUUUAUCCUGAAUAAAAUCUGGUUUUGUAUAUAUAAUAAAUGCCUUAAAGGCUCUUAUACAGAAUUUGUAUCAUCUUGUUGCAUAGCUAAUUAAACAUACUUUCCUUUAUUCUUUCCACAUUGCUUUGUCUUUUUUUUUCUUUAAGUGCCAAAUUUAUUUAUUGGUAGUAUUUACUCAGGUCAGUGUAAUGAGGUGAUUUAUAAUGAAUGAGGUAUAGAUAUUGUGUUUUUUGCCCCCGUUUUUUUCCACUUACUCAUUUUCUGAUUACUCACGUCUACUGUUAUUGAAUG